UGUUGUGUUUUUUUUUUGUUUUUUUUGGAACGUGUAUGCACUGAAUAUGGCCCAAUAUGAUCAACGUUGGCUCAAACUUUUCUCAUGUUGCCUGCUCAUGGGAUUUCUUAUGCUGCAAAUUUCGGAUGCCAAGCGCACAAAUGCCAAUUUGACAGCAUGUCAACAUCUAAGGCGGGCGGAGACACGUAGAGCCAAGGCUCUGGAGGGAGGAGCUGCAGGUAUACGCAUACCUCGUUGCAAGAAGAGCGGAGAAUUUGAUGCCAUUCAGUGCGUGGAUGAGCGAGCUGGCAAAGAUUGCUGGUGCAUUGAUGAGUAUGGCGUUGAGUUGCCAGGAACGCGAAAUGAAAGUCGCACUGGGGUACGCUGCGAGGAGCCGAAACAUUGCACAGCAUCAGCUUGCCGUAUGUUCUGCCCUUCGGGAUUCGCCAGAGAUACGGAGACCGGGUGCUCGGUGUGCCGCUGCCGGGAUCCUUGCGAUGGUCUAGAAUGUCCCAAUGGACAGUCGUGUCAGCUGCAGGAAGUGCAAUGUAAAUCGGAACCUUGCCCACCGCUGCCCACAUGCAAGAAGACUCGAUCUCUGGCUAAUUAUUGUCCCGCCGGAAUGCCGCUGUCCAUUGAGGAUAGCGCAAGACCUUUUUUGUGUGGCCAAGAGCCGGGCAAGCCCCAGUGUCCACCGCUUUACCAAUGCAUGGUGGAAUCCGGCAACGACUAUGGCGUCUGCUGUCCCAGUGCUUUAACCUUCCAGAAACCUGGCAUCUGCCCUGCACCAGAUCAAACACCGUAUACCCAGAGCACUGGUUACAUUUGCGGAACCGCCUGCACCCAUGAUCUCGAGUGCCGUAACAUGGAGAAGUGUUGCUUCAGCAAGGGAUGUCAAUUUAAUUGCCAACAGCCGAGCAAUGUGACCGGAUGCCAUCAGGCAAAGGCGCUGGCCGAUUUGCUUUCAGUGAAUGAACGCGAGGGACGUGGAUAUGUCCCCGAAUGCAAUGGUCCGGGUGGGCAAUUCUCGCCCAGGCAGUGCUCAAGAAAUGGCUUGGUUUGUUGGUGUGUGGAUCCACGCACGGGACACAAGAUCAAGGAGACAAUGGGAGCAGCGAACAACGUGAAUUGCGAUGGUUGGGAGAAUAUGAUUAGUCGCUCCUAUGCCCGAAGUGUCCAAAUGGAACAGUGCGACACAAAUAUCUGUGCCGCUGUAUGUGAAUAUGGCUUCAAGAACGAUCACAAUGGAUGCCCCAGCUGCGAGUGCUCGGAGCCCUGUGAGGGCUUCAAAUGCUCCAUCGGCUCCCAUUGCGAAGUGGCCACUGAUCCCCUCUGUGAAUCUGGUUCUUCGUUGUGCGCCUCUUGGCCCGUCUGUAAGCCCGACUUGGCCUACUCGAAUCCCUGUGAUGUGGGCACUCCGCUCUCGGAUACGGCGACGGGUGAGGUGAUGUAUUGUUUUGAGGAUCAGCGGCAAGGACGCAGUUUCCAGCCAACAGCCUUCUUUGACACCGAACCAGAGGCCGAAUCCAAGCAAGGUCGCUCCAUGACUAAUCGCAUCAUGUGUCCAGAUCAAUACAAAUGCACCAAAUUGCAUCGCGAGACUGAGAGUGUGUGCUGCCCAUUGCCAGAGGAGGAGACGACUGCCGCUAGUGCAGGAGAAGAUCAGCAGGGAUCAGGACGGCAACAGACCAUGUGUGAAUACCUAAGAGACUUCUCCGAACGCAUGGAGGGCACCGAGGAGGGCAUGCAAUUGGCUGUGCCAGCGCCUCGUUGCAAUGAAGAUGGCGACUAUCAGGCCAGGCAAUGUCAACUGCGAAAGAUUCGCGUCACAAGGGCCGAACAACGAAAAAUCCUGGAAGAGAACACCAUUCGUCGGAUGCGAAUGCUGCUCCUAAACAAGAGAUCUCGUCGAGAUGCCGAGCGCCUGAAGCUUUACCGCGUCGAUGACAGUGCUUUGAAGGUGCACAUAGCAGAGCCUGUGAUGGCACGCAGUGCCAAGGUCAUUGACUUGGGGGCGGAACGUCAGCAGGGAUUGGGCCAAUUGUUCGAAACGGAGUUUAAGAAGGUGGCUUCGGCCACCAAGCGACCCAGUUCGGGAGCAGGAGGUGCAUUGGAAGAGGAACUAGUCGAAAUGGAAGUGGAGCAGUGUUGGUGUGUGGAUAGUUUUGGUACGGAAAUACCACGCUCUCGCGGAUUCAAUGUAACGGAUGAGACUUGUGUCCAGUUGCGGGAUGAACUAGACUGUCUGGAUCUGACCUGUCGCAUGGGCUGCGAGUAUGGCUUUGCUUUGGACUCGGAGACACGCUGUCCUGCCUGUCAGUGCCGUGAUCCCUGUGAGAAUGUCAGUUGCGGCGACGGCAAGGAGUGUCGGAUUGUUGACGUCAGUUGUGAGGGUGAAUACUGUCCCCCAGUGCCGGCGUGUUUGCCACGCAAGGCGGGCCAAUGUCCCUAUUUGGUUCCCCCCGGUCCGGAUAAUCUAGAUGCCAAUACCUGUGCCUAUGAAUGCCGCACCGAUGCCCACUGUGAUGGGACACGUCGCUGCUGUUCGAAUGGAUGCGGAACUCAGUGCGUGGAACCCCAACUAAAGACUGCCUGUCAGCAUCUUCAGGCCAUUCAGUUGCAUCAGAGCUCGGAAUUGGGUAUUCCGGCUCGUCAAAUGUCUGUGGCCCAGUGCACUCCGGAAUAUGGCCGCUGGGAGCAAAUCCAAUGCUCCCCCAAUGGCAAUUGUUGGUGUGUGGAUCAACAGAAUGGAAGUAUAAUGCCUGGAACUAGGGUCCAUCUACCAGCCACACCUGUUUGCAAGGAGAACUCCAGUUUCGCCUGCCCACCACUUUCGAAGUGCGAUCUUCAGUGCUCCGAGAGUGGCUAUCAGGUGGAUGAGAAUGGUUGUCCGACCUGUCAGUGUCGAAACUAUUGUGAUGAGCUCAGUUGUGCCAGUCACGAGGAGUGCCAACUGAUUAGCGUGGAUUGUGUGGACAGUCCAUGCCCCAAGAUGCCCAUCUGUGUGCCGAAACGUGCUUCCGUUUGUCCCGAGGGCAAUCCCCUGCAACAGGGCGAACUCGAUGUCAGUUGCGGCCCACACAACGAACACGAGGCCUGCCCCACCACCCACUCCUGCCAGCUGAAUCCGGUUAGCAAUCGAGGCGUCUGCUGCUCCAAGACCCGUGAUGUUUGCUUUGAGUCCAUGGACAGUGGAUGCCUUGCCAUUAGCACCACAGAGAAGAAUUCUACCCGUUAUCGUUUCAGUCCCAAGGCCAAUAAGUGUGUGUCCGUGGUGAUUGAUGGCCAGUCUGCUCCCUCAUGCCAGACAAAGAAUCUGUUCCACAAUGAGUUAGCCUGCAAUUCCGUGUGUCCAGUGCUCACCCAAUGCGAGAGAUUGAAACUGAAGAAUAGUCUAGCCGCCCAAAGAAGUGCCCACUCUUCGUCCUCUGUUUGGUUCCAGCCACGUUGUGAUCCCAUUACCGGCCACUGGAGUCCCGUUCAGUGUCUGGGCAAGCAACCCCAACCGCAGGGAAUGAAUACCGCUCCUACAGAGAUUGUCAGUCGGGCUUUUGCUGCUGCUGGUCCCGAGGCUAGUCCGUAUGGUGUUUGCUGGUGUGCCGAUAAAAAGGGCGCUCCUCUCAAAGGCAGCCUGACCCGGGACAUGGAACCCGUGUGCAAUAGUCGCCAAGCUCGUAAUCGCAAGAACUUCGAUCUGGGUGAUCCGCUGAUGGAGCAGCUAAUUGGUCAGCUAACUCAACUCAAUGAUGUAAGCAACGAUAAUUUGGAUUUUGAUGCAUUGGAAGAGCCCUUAACGGCCACCGAAAGGGUCUUGGAAAUGGCCAAUUCACUCCUGGAUUCGCAAUUGUCUGUGGAAUCCCUGCCCCCUCUGAAACGCAUGGAGCUGAAGACAACUCGUUGUCGUGCCUUGGCCAAAACGGCAACCUUCCCAGUGAUAUGUGACGAGGACGGCGCCUUCCGACCUCUACAGUGCAAUGGACGCAGCUGCUGGUGUGUCGAUGCUGCUGGGAAUCAACUCCAGGCUAGCCAAGUCUUUGGCCAGGGCGAUCGUAAAUGCCACCGAGUUGCCAUCGAGGCGGUGUCCAUUGAGCUGCACAUGACGAAUACGAGCGGUCGAAGUGUUCGUAAUGUCUAUGACACAGUUCGUCUGGAGUUACAGCAACUCCUGGGCGAAACCGUCGAGAAUUUACGUGUCCAGGAGAACUUUGAUGGCUCUGUGAUUGUGCGUUUCGAACUGCAUCAGGCGGACAAAGUGGACAUUGCCUUUGCCAUUGAACAGGCCAUUACGUCCGGACAUUUCCAGUUAGCCGGUGGACACUUUCGUCCCGACAUCACUCGCUCUCAUUUCGUCCAUCGAAGUGCAAUUCCGCCGAUGGCCCAAGCCGCAACAGCACAGGAUGAGUCCAUUCAAUUGGUUCUCUUCAUUAUGGCCACCAGUUCGGCCUUUCUGGUCAGCAUCUUUGUGGUCUACGUGAUGCUCAAGCGGGGACGAGGCAACAAAAUGGGCCAACAGAAUGCCUACAAUGCCUAUGCGACGGGCACAGGUUAUCCCGGGGACAAGACUCUGGACUACUCGGCUCCCAUUUUCGUGAUGGCUGCCAACGAUGCGGAGAGUAUUAAGGGGGGAGUGGGCAAGGCGUAGGGAAUUGGUUUGUUUUUGUUUUUAAGUUAUUUAAAGAAACCUUAAUAAAAUUGUAAAUAUAUUAGGGGUAGUCUAAAAGAUUCCACCAAAUAUAUAUAUAUAUAUACCAAAUACAUAGAACGGAAUCUAGCGAAUCGAUCGAACCCCCUGAAAUUAAGCCAAGAA